UGGGCCGGCUGGCUGGUCACAUUCGUCACGAUGGUCCAGUUCGCUCUUCUCUAUGGGCCGCUGUACAAUUACAGCAUUUUGUUUGUCAGUUUUCAGGAAGAAUUCGAGACCAGCGCUGCACUGACAGGCUGGUUGGGAUCUAUGGUCAACGGCCUCAUCAGCAUAUUUAGCCCGUUGGGUGGAGUGUUGCUGAGAGGGCUCAGUCACCGGGCCGUCUGCCUGCUGGCGGUGGCGGUCUACAGCGCAGGCGCACUGGCCACCUCCUUCGUACCGAACAUCUACUGGGCCUUCCUGUCCAUGGGCGUCAUGAUGUCAUUCGGGGCUGGCGCCUCUAUGCACUCCGGCAUCUGUCUGCUUUUCCAAUGGCAUCCAGGCAAGAACAACGCCCGUGCUACGUGCCUGGCGCUUCUUGGUACCUCCAUAGGACUUCUCUCGUUUGCUCCAUUAAAGACUGAACUCAUUGGGAACUACGGCUGGCGUAACAUGCUGAGGAGUUUGAGCGGAGGGGUCUUUGUGAUCGGAAUGCUGGACGGAAUUUUCCUGUUGCCCCCGCCGGCACGGCAACAGCGUCCCGCGGAGGAAAAAUCGGUUUCCCCCGCUUCAGUCACACGUCGAGUCGAAGGAAAGCUGCAAGAGGGAGUCGUGGACGUGCAGCAGCGGAUGGGCAAGACGACGGACGCCAUUUGCGAAGUAAUAGACGGACGGAAGACUGAAGUACCGCGAUCCGGCAAAGGAACAGCCGAAGCGGGAGCCCAGCCCCUGAAGGACGCCAGAGAUGGCCAAGACGAUGCCCGAAAUCUCGAGCAAGACAAGAAGGGAUUAGCAGAGAUGAUCCGAGACUGGGACGCCUGGUUCUUUGCCGUGUCCGUCACGUGUAGUACCAUGUGCUGGACCUUUGUCGUUGUUAACUUUGCCAGCUUCAUGAAGAAUUUGGGGUUCUCCGCUGACGACGCAUCCCUGGUGCUUGUCGUCUUUGGCACGUCUGAGGUGGCAGGGAAGAUACUGACAGCGUUCUUGGGAGACCAUCUCCCCUUCCUGCGGGUAAACGCGGUGGCGAUCUCCUCAGUGAUUGGUGCUAUUGCAGCGGGUUUCCUGACUCUUGCUAAGUCACUGACCGAUCUGAUACUCCUGUCUGCUGUUUGCGGUCUCUUACGUGCUGUGUUUUUGGGUAUUUCAUUUUCUGCUUCCUUCGAACUUCUCAGCGACUACGGAGAAGACGGAGUGACUGCUGUUGUGAUGGUACCCAUGGGCGUGGGCGCGCUCGUUGCAGCACCACUGACAGGCUUUGAGACACUGGUCGGAGCAGACCUACCAGUCUUUUUUUACUACAGUUACUGCGAACUAUGA